UCUUCAGGAUAUUGGAAUCUUCACAACAGGAUAUUACGCACUGAGUCAGGAUCCAGUGUUGGAAAUGUGAUUUAAAACUCCUAUAACUUCAGAAAGUUACGAAGUAAGGCCAGUGCCAUGAUGUCAUGGAUAUUGAAUAUUUCUUGUAAGAUGAAAAAAAAAAUGUGAAAAAUCUUACAUGAUGAGAUUGAUUGUUUUGUGUCUUAAAAUGUAAACACAAGUAUUUUGAAGUGAAAAUCACUGGGCAAAAAGAAUUUGAAGUAAGUUUUGAAAGUUUUUGUUUCCUUGGUGAGGAUUAUAAGCUCAAAGCUGUUGAAGAUUGAUCCUUGAAGUGUGAGGAUAAUUGGCCUUGGGGGACCAGAUAGUACUAUCAGUCUGACCAGGUGAGUAGAGAGAAAGGGCAUCCCUGGUACAGAAGGCUUAUACACAGUGUGUGAUGACCUACUAUAUACAAGUAUAUCUCCAGGAUACAAACUUGUGUGCUUCGCAACCUUCUAGUAGUGUGCUUCACAUCUCAGGAAAUCACAUCUUACCAUCGUACCAAAGACAGCUUUCUUCAGAGUUCUAGUGCAUCUUGCCAUCUCUUUGGCUACAGAAAUUGGAACUUGAUGAAAGGAUACAUAUAUGUUUUCAAAUAGUGUGAUUAAGAUUUCUGAGAUACACACAAGUUUAUGUGCCAUUCAGGAAAUCGGGAAAAAUCAGGGUCAGCUCAGCUGUGUUAUUCUUGACUUUAAUCUGAAAGUAUGUAAGUUUUUCAGAAAGAUUUUUAACAUCAAUGCUACUGUGAAGUUCUGCGGAAGAACCUGCAUCCUACAUCCUGUCCAACACAGGUGAGGGUAUCCACACAAUACAGCCUACUGCAUCUUAACAGGGUCAUAAUCCACUGAAGAUGUGUUCGUCUCAAUAAUGAAUUUUCCCUGAAGAAAAAAGAAAGAAGAUUUCUGAGAUUUGUACAAGCUUAAUGUUUUUAAAAUCUCACUAAUGGUAUUUGUUUCCUGACAAGGUUGGAAAUGGCUAUGUUUAUCAGAUUUAGAGUUUGAUGGGAGAACUGAGGUUGCCAGUUGUCUCAAUUCUAAUCACUUAACUGUUUUUGUUGAACUGUCGAGAGAUUUAAAAAUCUUUACAUUCAGUGUGUCACUUAAAGGUUUUUACGGAGAACCCUCAUCACAUCUCAGGAGUGUUAAAUCAACCCAGCAAAUUUUUGGACAGAAGGACUUUUAUAAUAGAAUUGAGGCAUACUGCACUUAUUUUACAACCUUUUCUUUUAAAGAAAUCACAUCUCUGUCUCAUAAACUUGUUUUCAUGACCAAGCAUUGGAGACUUACUUGUCGAGAAAGAUAAAGAAAAACCGUUUUAACACUUAACCUUCUUACUACAAGUGAUGUAGACAUGAACUUGUCUCAUUAUCUACAGUCAUGUCUACUUUGGACCAGUGAGUGUUAUACUAUAAGGAAGCUGGGCUCCUCACUUUGAAAUGUGCUGUCAAUGACACUAUGGUUAGGAUAACUAUUGGUUUGACAACUUUAUCUAUUAGCUGACCCUGACAAUCCAGAAUUCUAGACUUUGGUGUUCUGAAUAGAUAAAAUGUAGAAAUUCAUUAUUAAAACAAUGGAAAUAAGAUUUUUGUGACAUAAAAAUUCAGUUCCAAGAUAAUACAGAUGAUUAACAAAAGUCUUUGGAGAUGAUUUGAUGUACGCAUAUAUUCUAUAGAAGUUAUAUACAACUUCUAGGAAGUGCUAUUCCUAAGGGAGGUAUGAAUUGAGCCUUUAUUUGUUUACAUGUUUCUGUGGAUGUAAAAGAUUUACAUGUUUGUGGUGUCGACGGGGCCCGUCAAAGUCGGGGGAGGCGUAAGCCCGACAGGGUCCGUUAAACUCGGAGUUGGACCAGGACUAGUGCCAUCAGUGUCCGUUAAACUGGGAACAGGCAAGGUACCCAGGAGAGCUGACUCAGGUGGAGCGGAUAUUAUGCAGAAGACCUGGGCUGGAGCCAAGUAUGUUUAUACCCGAGUUAAUGUCUACCACAGUACUCGCAUUGAACUCCGUUGGAAGCGAUCAGUUCACUAUUGCGAUUCAUGUGACUAUGGAGCGAGUGGGAUCGGAAGCAGUGCUCCAGGGGUCAGGGGUCGGGGAAGUGUUCCAUGUGGGGCGGUCCACUAUGGACGGUGUACACCUGUGUCCUAUCCGUUUCCACAGAACUACAGAAAAAAGAGCCCAAUAUCACCCUCUUCUCCUGGCCCUAUCCCUGUGGCCAAAGUCAUUCCCACUCGACCAGUUAGACCCGAGCCAACCACUGACCAAUCAAGGGUCACUGAGGUCGAGCCAGACAAGGGAGAUAAUGUUGAUGGGACAAAUCAUGGUGUGUCAAGCUCCGCAAAGGAUUCCAAAGAAAACAUUUCCCGCGACAGCCAUGGUGAUAAAGACAAUAGGAAAGCCACGAGUAAAGUGCGUGACAAAGAAAACAAAGAGUUGUCUCCCCCAAUGUCCACUGCUGCCCCCACAAUCACAACCCUGUCUGACAAGGAUGGUAAAGGCAAGAGGAAGGAGAAGACACGACAGCUUAAUGUGAACAUCCCUAAGUUCUACUUUCCUCUGGGACAGCCUGGUGUCGGGGAUGGGGACAGGGACAAAAUCACACAGGCAGUCAGUCAGGAGUUCUCUAAUCUGGAGGGAGGAAAGGCCUUUAAGCAACAUAUGGCAGCUAUCAUUAAGGCAUGCAAACUCCCACUUUAUUGGAAGAGCUUGUUAUUUCAUGCAGCAGGAGGUGAAAAGAAUGGCUUCAUUACACAACAGUCCUUCAAUUCCAUGUGGAAAAGAGUAUUCCAAACAUGUCAUGAUCGACCGUCCCAGUUUCUUAAAUUGUUAGCCAAACCUUCUACCAACUACCUCGAAGAGGAUGAUUUAAUUCCAUUAAUUCAGGAUGUGGUGGACACUCACCCUGGUUUGACUUUCCUUCAGGAGGCUCCAGAGUUCCACUCCAGAUAUGUUAAUACUGUGAUAGCUAGGAUGUUUUACUGUAUAAAUCGCACUUGGACAGGUAUGAUCACCAUACCUGAACUACGGAGAAGUAACUUUUUACGGACUUUAGAACGUUUAGAAGAAGAAGAUGAUAUUAAUCAAAUCAUGGACUUCUUUUCCUAUGAACAUUUUUAUGUUGUGUAUUGUAAGUUUUGGGAGCUAGAUAAAGAUCAUGAUCUCCUCAUCGACAAAAAUGAUUUGUCACGUCACAAUGAUCAUGCUAUAGCAACACGGGUGAUCGACAGAAUAUUCUCAGGGUGUGUAACAAGAGGUAAGGCAUUCAAGGAGGGCAAAAUGACUUAUCCAGAGUUUGUGUGGUUCCUACUGUCAGAAGAGGAUAAACGUAACCCAACAAGUAUAGAGUACUGGUUUCGCUGUAUGGAUCUGGAUGGGGAUGGUGUUAUCUCUAUGUACGAGAUGGAGUACUUUUAUGAGGAACAGAUGCAGAAAAUGGAGGACAUGGGCAUUGAGAAACUUCCCUUUGAAGAUUGCCUUUGUCAGAUGUUAGAUUUAGUUGGACCAAAAGAUGAAGGACGCAUAACGUUAGCUGACCUGAAGAACUGUAAAAUGACCAAUAUUUUCUUUGAUACAUUCUUCAACCUAGACAAGUUCCUGGAGCAUGAACAGCGGGAUCCAUUCGCCAAUGUUAGGGAUUUGGAGAAUGAUGGUCCUGAACCUACAGACUGGGAAAAGUAUGCUGCAGAGGAGUACGAAAACCUUGUGGCAGAGGAGGGAGCCAUGGAGCAAGAGGAGAUACUGUAUGAGGAUGACUUUGAACCAGAUGAUGAUGAGAUCAUACAGAAAGAACGGGCUAACUUGGAACUUGAAAUGCAGCGGAACUCUCCUGUGUCACGAGGGAAAAUAGGUGUAAAGAAUACCAAUGACGAUAUCUAUGACUUCAGUACAAAAGAUCUUGGCUAUUAACUGCAGAGUUAUGGUCACAGAUGGAAACUCGACAUUUUUCUAGUGUUACCUGGUUAUUCUCAGGAUAUUUGUUGGAUUCUGCGUCGCGGUGGUUAUUGUUAUACGCCUUUCAAGGUCUCAGGAGCAAACACUAUGUAACAAAGACUGUGAUUGCUCAGAAAACUUUGACACCAGAAGUGCUUCAGUUUCUGGUGAUUACUGUAGACAGAAUGAUCAGUGUGGAUGAAGGAUUUUCACAUAUCAUGUGAUGCACGAAGUUUUCUGGGAUGUUUGAUUGCGGUAGUGAUAAUGUUACAAGGAUUUUGAUUGGAUGGGAUGGUGUCAGCAAUUGAUAUACUGCAACAUACUAGGAAUUUGAUUUGAUUGAUAUGUAUGAAAAUAGUGACCAGUGUGUCCUGAGGUGAGGAAUGACCUGAAAUGUAAAAACACUUGCCAGAUUGAGGCUGUAUGUUAUGGACUAGGACCACACUUAGCAGUAACUAAUUUCUGCUUGUCCUUGUUUUUGUGGCUAGUCGAUGACUUUAUAUGAACUGCAUGUAUGUGUAGUCAGACUGUAUUUAUGUAAUUUGUUAGUUAGCAGAUUGUAUAUGUGAAUAGAAAUAUGAGUGAAAUUACAUUAGUAAGAUGUUAUUUAAGCCUUUACAUAAGUUUUUCCUUAUUGUGACGACGGAUUUGUGUUGUUUAGUGUCUGAGUUCAAAUUAACCUUGUUCAAGCUCAAACUUGAGAAAAUAAGAAAAUAAUUUAUUGUGUUAUUCUGAAAUAACAAAAAUUGAACAUUAAAUGAAGGUAAAUGCAAUUAAUUGAAACAUAUCAUACAGUCUUACCAUGCUAAACAACAUUGGAAUACAAAAUUAUUUGUACUGAUGAAUUAACAGUGAGAGAUUCCGUCCACUUGUUACUGUUUAUACAUGUCAGGUUUUUCAACAUUAUACAUUGUAUGUCUUGAUGCAGUUUGGUGCCUUGUUAUUCCUGAUGUCAUCAUUUAUAGUUAAUUAUAUUGUUGACUUUGUUGUUACAUCUGUUCAUUUACUGUGACAAGAGGGCUUCUAGAGGGUCAGCAUCACAAACAAUGCUAAAGUGAGUGACAAAAUCUAGAAAAAAUCUGAAUGAGGCAAUCUUCUGCCAUUUCUGUGGUAACAAAUUAUCCACUCUCAUUGAUUCGAUGUAUUUUUUUGUUUUCUAAUGGAACUUUUUAAAAAAUUGUUGAAGUAGUACCAGGUACAUGUUAUAACUAAUUUUUAAAAAUAUUUUUUCUCAAAAACUAUAAAAUGAAAAAAAAUGUACCAUGUGGUUGUUCUAUUGUCAAUAUGUUUUGAUUGUUCAGCAAUUGUCUAGAUAUGAUUGGGAAUCAAAAUAAUAUCAGAAAUGAAUUUCAUAGUUUGUAAAAUUUAGUGAAGAACAGAAUCUUAUUAAAAAAACAACUUCAAAAGAUUAUUCUUUCUGUCUUCUAAAGGCAUUUGACACAAAAAACUGAAAAUACUGGAGAAGAAUUUGGUAAUUUUCAAAGUCAUCUCCACAAAUAAAUUUACUGAAAAAGAGGACAUACCUCUGAGGAUGAUAGAGUAUUCCUGGAAUUGUAUGUGCAUAGUUUUGAUGUUGUGUAAAGUAUGUGUAGGUAGUAAUUGCAUCAUAAGACAUCUCUAGUUAUCUCCCUUGUGACAUUAAGUCGGUUUGCUUUCCAUUAAUUGAACUGGCCAAACAAUAUUUCUGUUUUUUUCUACGUGAAAAGUUGUGGAUGUGAUUUACAGGUCCUCCACAGAUUGUGGAUAAACUUUUACAGCCAAAAUUUCAUGAUUUAUGGGAAUAUCUUUCAGUCUGCAAGUAGUGCUUAAGGAUCAGCUUGAUGACUUUGUACUCAAAUAUGAGAAACAUAGAACAUGCAUCAUAUUAAAUAUUUCUUUUGUUAUGAUAUAAGUCAUUGCUUUAAUUCUAUAAACAUUACAGAAGUGAAGGAUCAGCCAUACUUAUCCUCUGCUUGUUAAUUUGAAUUUUAUUCGAGUCUGUGAGGAAUAAAGUUUUGCUUGGAAAAUGUUAGACAUUAAUCCGUCAGGAAUUCAUUGAACCACCAAGUGUAGUAUCCCUGUAAAAGUGUGUCCAUCAUUCUUCAAAUUUGUUUUAUAACAUCUCUUAAGGUACUUAUGAUGAAUCUAGUCUAUUUAUUCAAAAGAUGUAGUAAUAAACUGUUCAUUGUGUCAGUAAUUCUUUCCUGUGUUGAAUAUUUCCCAUUUAAGUUUUGUAUAUCACACUAUACAUGCUUAUUUCUGAUAGUGAUGAAACCAUGAAAAUUCUAUGACAUGGCCAGAGAGAAAAACCUUCUGUUCCAGUUUUGAUUCAGGUAAAUUGAUUUUCCUUUGAAGUGGGAGGGAAAUACACAGUAUUGUAUGUUGUAGGCAUUAGUAUGUGUGAAGCAGUGCUGGUUUGAGGGCUUAUAUGAAUUUUUAUAUAGUUGAGGGCUAAGUGUCAGGGUAAAGCGAAAUGCUAACUCAUUGCCAGGAAGACCAAGAAAAAGUAUGUUGAUCUCUACAACAAACAUUUCAUUGUAUUCAGUAAAUGUGAUGUGUCGAUGCUUGUGUGGAUCUUUCUUUUCUUCAUACACCAAAUAAAUCAUGUGAUACCUGUACAUGUACUUGUCAGUGAUGAUAAUCAUUUAACACCAGAUAUGUAUUAAAACAUUUGUAGAUAAAUUGUUAUACUAAAUAGAGAAGUGAUGAUUAUAAAAUAUCUGUAAUGAAUUUUGUCUUCCGUUGGCUUGGUUAAUUGGUGUUGUCUUGUACAGUGCAUUUUUAUUUACACCUGUAAUGUAGUCACUCCUACCUGGGGUGUGCUCUGAAAAGAAAAAUGUUUUCAAUCAUUUAAAAUUGUAUUUAAAACAAAAAUGUCGAUAUUUUGAUAUGCCAAGACAAGAAAUAAGGCCACUGUUGAUAAUUUGUUUGAUCAUUGAUCAGUAAACAGAUCUGCUUCUCCUGGUUACAACCGUAAGCAGAUGUUAAAUAUUUUCCUUGCUGAAGCAGAACUGGAAUUUUUAGUGUAGGCAAAGUUGUUCAAAUUAAUGUUUUUGUAUAAUGGUUUGCUAAAUACUAAAUAAACUAAUAUGGACAUAGAUGUUCUAAUAUUUUGUGUGUUAAUAAGGUUUAUUGUCUAAAUUUUGUAGAAAUUUAAAUGAGUAACUGAAUACCAAGUCCAUUAAGUAUAACAAAGCUAUAAAUAGACCAUUGUUUGUACAUGUGUGUCAGUUUAGAUUAGAAGUUGGUUAGUCUGGUUGUAUUAUUAACUGACAGUUACCUCCCCUGAUUUACAUAUUUUGUCAUCCUACAGACAUAAUGUCAGCUCUAUUUAUUAACUUAAGUCAGUUUUAUUUUAUUUUUAAGCUCAUUGUUUGAGGCUUUAGUUUCAGAGAUUACAGCCCUUUUGUGCAAAUGAUAUUUCUUAAUUUAUGUCUGUGAUAAUUUGCUUAUAUUGCCUUAAUUAAAACAGAUAUAUUUUUGCUUUGAGUACACCAACAGAAAAGAUAUAUAGAUGGCUUACUAAAUGGUGCAGUAGUUUGUAUUAUGCCUCAUUUUGAUUUGCUUUUGCUGAUAUCAAUUUGCAAAAACAAAAAUGUAGAACAUAUAGUAGGUCUUAAAAUUCAGCUGUGCAGACUUAAACCUUUAAAAGUUUCAGCUACAUAAUGUAUUAAUUUAAUUUCAAAAUUUAUAAUUUUUCGUACAACAGCCUUUUAGAAUCUUUCUGGUCUGUUAUAGGGAUCUCUCCUUAUAAAACUGCUAUAAAAUCAAAAUUGACAAUAUUCUCACUCAAUAUCUCUGUCUUUUGUAAUGCCACUAUAGAGAUAUGUAUGAUGCCUUGAAGAUGUAACGCAACAAAAAAAGUAUGCAAACACCAUGAACCUUCACCCAACAACAUCCUGGCAGGGUAUUAUUAUAGAUCAUGUGUCAUAAUACAACUGAUAUAAUAGAUGUUAUUUCACUGAUAACAGGGUAGUUAUAUUAUAAAAAAUGUUAUAUGAAAUUCAUGAGAUUUUGAUAUUGAAAGUAACUUUAGAGUUUAAUGUUUUUGUAUGAAUGUCCUACUAUCGCCUAGAUACAUAAAUUAUCUGUAUAUUUAAGGUAUCUUAAUUUGCUCAAAACCUCUGUGACAGAACUUCAUUGAGCAUUAUUUAACUUUACUGUGUAAUAUCAAAUCACAUGAACUACAUCUGUGUAACCCUGUCUGUCCAACUACUGGUUCAGAAUAGUUAAUUUAUUCAUCCAAUGCUUCAUUACAAUGUGUGUUCAAAUGAUUGGUUAACAGUUUGAUGUUCUCAUUAAAUGAGACCAAUAUAAAA